UGAACAAAGCAAUAUAAAUUUCCAAUACACUAAUACAUUAUAUUACAUUAUAUAAGACUAUUUUGAUUAAGUUUUAAGUUUCUUUCAAUUUGCCUCAUUUUCCCCAUAUAGUUAUUAAAGUCAUGUGACCUCACGCUUACUCCAUAAUGCCUUUUUUGAAGAAUUACCUUUCCUACUGCUAUCUUUCCUAUGAACCUUACAUUUGUUACCUCUUGCUACAGGCAAUUUUUGACUGAUUCUAUUAUUCUGAAAAUCAUCCUUCAUUAUUUGUAUCAUGUUAAAAGACCUGUAAUCUGAUUACAGCUUCCUGGGAUGGUUCAUCUGUUCACGUCAUUCCCCUCAGGGGCAUAGCUGGCUCAGAGAGACUGAUAAUGAGUGAGUGAGUCAGUAAUUGAAAUUGAGUUGUUUAUGAUCUAGCUGUGUCUCACUCCAACAACAAAACAAAAAACUUAAACCACCAUGUUGUUUAGUUUUAGUCCAAUAGAUCAUGGUUUCUGCAAGCUGUGAGACCAAGUCAUUCUUAUUAAAGGGUUUUCUGUGUUAUCUGCAGGAGUAUACUGGUGGUGGUGACACAGAUUAACAGGGUCUGGAAACUGAAAGAUUAUCUGGAUGCCAAACACAGGAGAUCACUUUCAUCUGGGAAAAAGUAAACCAUGCCUACCUCUCCUCUAUCAUAUUACAAUACUGGAUUGUGACACAUGGACACCGGAACACUGUGGAUUGGUGGACUUAUGAGCUAUCCAAGCACUUUUAAUAAAUAAUGAAUAAAUAAAAAUAGUGACUGGAUGCAAAACCCUCCUCAAAUUUACUGUGGGCAAACACGGCGUGUUGUAAAAGUUGAUCUAUUUUGUAUGUUUUUGUGCAUUUGCCAUUUCUCCAUGACCUUUUUCCAUACCACACUCAUGAAAAAGAGUAAGGACAAUGUCCACACAGCUGGAUAAAUACAUAAUAAAAACCGGAUAAAGAAUAAAGACUGCCCUUAAUAAUGGCUAAGGACACAAAUAUAGCCAUUUGGCUUUUUCCAUUAGUAUUCUCAGACAAUGGACAAAGGGGUCGAAUGUUUCGAGGACUUUGUCCUCUGCCUCUACCACUAUAUUCACUUCUUAUCCUUUCAGUACUAUCCUCAGUGGGACAUAGCAAUGUACCAGGAGUAGAAUAUGAUUGGGGAGCUCACCCCAAGUUAGUUUGCAUGCCUCUACCUGCAGACACUGAUCCAAGUUGUUUUCCCCCAGAUGGGGUUACUCAUGGCCCUAGCAUUAAUGGACAUAACAAUGGACAUAGCAAUAGCCAUAGUAACGGACAUGGGAAGGGACAUCUUUCUGGAGGCUUGCCUAACAGUCCUACUGGCAGCAGUAGUCGGCGGGGCAUAUCCGAUGAAGCAAAAGCUACAAUUCUGCACUUGAGGGAAAGUCUAGUGCGUCAGAAGGAGACGAUUCUGGAUCAGAGAGAAACUAUACGGGAGUUGACUGCAAAACUGACACUCUGUGAGGGCUUUGGGAGAGGUUCAAGUGGGCACCACAAUGAAGACCGCCUUGGACAUCAUGGCUCUCACCACUCUUCACAUCACUAUGACAGUGACCACCAUUCUGAUCCCCACUAUCCUCUCAAUGGGUACCACAAUGACCAUCAAAGAGGAAAGCCACCAUUUCUGGGGAAACAUGGAUUUUCCCCUGAGCAGGCAGGGAAGACCUUGCAGGCUUUGAAAGAGAGGCUGGAAAAUUUACAGGCAAGGAAUUCGUCUAGCACCUAUUCUAGUUCACUGAAAGACCUUCUGCAGCGGAAAAUUAAUGCACUUGAAGAACAGCUCCACCGUCACAAUGAUGGUCACCAUGACUAUGGCACUCACGAAUCCCACCCUGGGCAUGGGCAUCCUGAGAAUCACCAUGAUGACCACCAUGGAGAUCACCAUGAUAAUCAUGAUAACAACCGCCACUAUGGUCAUCAUUACAGUCACUAUCAUGGCCAUCAUUAUGAUCAAUCCAGCAUACACCAGAGUGAAAAUGAUAAUGACAAUGAUGACCAUCAUAACAAUCAUAAUGAUGACCAUCAUGAUGACCACCAUGACAGCCACCAGAAUGAACGCCAUUUUGACCCCCAUGACAGUGGUCACCAAGGCAACAAUGAUCAUGGCCACCAGCGCCGUAGCCCCCUUAAACCAAUAGCGUCUAGCGCACGUGGUGCCUACAAUAAGUUGGAUUCUGUGCUGAGCCAUCUGUAUCAUAGGUCCCCAGAAACAGGAAACCAAAAGAGACCUAAAAAUCCUGAUGGCUUUCAAAUUGGAUUCCCCAUGCACACUAACUACAUGUAUGGCCGGAUCAAGCGCACUCUUCUGAAUGAAAUCUUUGCCCUAACUGUCUGCCUCUGGCUAAAGGGGGGUUCAGGCCCAGGAAUAGGCACCCCUUUUUCUUACUCUGUUCCUGGCCAGGCUAAUGAGCUUGUCUUGAUUGAAUGGGCCAACAGUCCAAUAGAAUUACUGGUGAAUGACAAAGCCGUAACGCUUCCUCUAUCUCUGCAAGAUGGUAAGUGGCACCAUCUUUGUGUGACUUGGUCGACUCGAGAUGGUGUAUGGGAAGCCUAUCAGAAUGGAGUGAAAAGGGGCUCUGGGGAGAAUCUGUCCCCCUGGCAUCCCAUAAAACCAGGAGGAAUCUUUAUACUGGGACAAGAGCAGGAUACUCUUGGUGGCCGCUUUGAUGCCACACAAUCAUUUGUUGGAGAAAUGUCAGACCUACAGGUAUGGUCACGUGUUCUUAACUCUCAAGAGAUAGACAACCAAGCUUCCUGUUCCAUCCACCUCACUGGAGAUGUUAUCGCUUGGAGUGAGUCCAUUGUGGAACUUCAUGGAGGGGUUAUCAAAUAUCCAUUUGACCCUUGUCAGUAAAGGCCCUAGUGGGCUGCCUCUGCUGCUUCUUAACCCUUAGAACCCCACACACACAAGUUGCAGGCAUUUUUGUAGAUAUAUGGAUGUCAUAAAUAAGAAUGAUUUAUCACUCGGA